GCUCAAAAACUUUUAAUAUCCUCUCUUGGAAGCAAUUUCGAAUUUUGAUUUGCUUUUUACCUUCAAACAAAACCCAGAAAAAUCCAUCUAUAAUCUCGAGAACAACGCAGAUUCUCAUCUAUUGUUGUUAAGCCUUCAAUUUCGCUUCACGUUCUAGAAUUUUUGUUCAAGUUUAGAGUUUCCGGGGAGAUCGAAAGCAACCGGAGAUGAGCUUUCAGGAUUUGGAAGCUGGGACGCCGUUGAGAUCGCAGAGGAAUCUGAUCAACGGCAAGAAGGGUGGAACACAGGCGGUGGCUUCCGGUAUCUUUCAGAUCAACACGGCGGUUUCUACCUUUCAGCGACUUGUUAAUACACUCGGAACCCCCAAGGAUACGCCGGAGCUCCGUGACAAGCUGCACAAGACAAGGUUACAUAUUGGACAGUUGGUAAAGGACACUUCGGCAAAACUUAAGGAAGCUAGCGAAACCGAUCAUCAUCCAGAUGUUGCUCAAAGCAAGAAGAUUGCAGAUGCUAAACUUGCAAAGGAUUUUGAAGCAGUGUUGAAAGAGUUUCAAAAGGCACAGCGGAUUGCAGCGGAAAGGGAAACUUCUUACACUCCUUUCGAUCCAAAAGGCAGCCUUUCUUCAAGUGAGGUAGACAUUGGCUAUGAUAGACCACACGAGAAGCGUGUCCCCAUGGAAUCUAGAAUGCAAGAAGUCGUGUUGCUUGACAACGAAAUCUCAUUCAACGAAGCGUUGAUAGAGGAAAGAGAACAGGGAAUAGAGGAAGUUCAGCAGCAAAUCGGGGAAGUAAACGAGAUAUUUAAAGAUCUUGCGGUGUUGGUUCACGAUCAAGGAGCCAUGAUCGAUGAUAUCGGUAGCCAUGUCGAGAAUGCACAUUCCGCAACAGCUCAGGGAAGGUCUCAUCUUGUGAAAGCCUCCAAGUCACAAAGAUCAAACUCGUCUCUGAUGUGCUUACUCAUGGUGAUAUUUGGUAUCAUUCUACUCAUUGUUAUCAUAGUAGUCGCAGCUUAAGAUCGCCGCCGGAAAACACAACAAUUGCGGUUCAAACAUUCAAGAGAAGUCGGUUUUUAGGACAUAGAAUUCUUGAGUGUUGGAACUUUCGAAAGCCCUACUUGUGUCUAUAUUCGCUCUUCUUUCUUAUCUUUUUCUUCGCUUGUAAAACGAAGCUCUGUGUAUGUGAAAAGACUGGAAAGUAAAUGGUAAAGAAAAAGGCAACAUUCG